AUGAAUUUGGGUCGGAGAUUACUGCAGCUACUAGAUUCAAGAGCAGCAGGAGGUAAUUAUUUUCACAAUUCAUUUAUACUGAAUCAUCAUAAUAUUGUGAGAUAUCAUUAUUAUGCUUCUGCUGAUGAUUAUAGUAUAUCACAACUUGAGCAUUUUGUGACGGAUGAGUGUAAAUCUGGAAGAAUCAGGAAUCUUGAUGAUGGGUUGAAAUACUUCGAUCAACUGAUUUCGGAGAGACCAUUACCAUCUAAUGAUACAUUUAAUCAUGUACUGGGGUCAUUAUCAAAGAUUAGAUGCUACUUAGAUGUCAUUUUGUUGUAUAAGAAGAUGAAUUUAGUUGGGGUUCAGCCAAGUAUUUAUACAUUGAGCAUUUUGAUAAAUUGCUGUUGUCGUUUAGGAAAAGUUGAUCAUGGGUUUUGUUUUCUUGGAGAGAUUAUUAAGAGAGGUCAUCAUCCUGACACUAUCACUUUCACUACACUCAUUAAAGGGUUGUGUCUACAAGGGAAGAUUGAUCAUGCAAUCAAAGUGUUCGACAGAAUGACUGAGAUGGGUAAUCAACCUGAUGCUGUUACAUGCAAUACGCUUAUACAUGGACUGUGUGGAACUGGUCAAGUGGAUCCUGCUCUCAAGUUAAUAAACAACAUGUUGAAAUGGAAUUGCAGACCAAAUGUUGUUUCAUAUAAUACCAUUUUAGAUACUCUUUGUAAAGGAGGUUUACUUGAUGAAGCUUUGGUUCUCUUCUCGGAAAUGCUCAACGAUUCGAAUGCUGUGCCCGAUGUAUUUCCUUACAGUAUUUUGAUUAACGGGUUUGGGAAUUCAGGCCGGUUAAAGGAGGCAAACAAACUCUUUGACGAGAUGGUUAGUAGAGGAAUGUAUGCAGAUGUAAAGCUUUAUACUUCUUUAGUUCACCUUCAUUGCCUACAUGGUCAACAGGAACAAGCAAGAAGAUACUUUGAUGAAAUGAUGGAUCAAGGGAUUCCACCCGAUAGGGUAACUUUUAGUAUCUUAAUAGAUUCAAUUGUAAAGAUGGGAUAA